GUGAAUUAAUGGGGCGUUGAUUGGAAAGCAUUCAUUGGUCGUCCUUUCUUGAAAUUAUGUCCAAUCAAGUGCCGAAUUGAUAAAAUAUCCACCAAUCCAAUCACAUGAAAUCUUCAAAGUUCGCGACGAUCUAAUGGUCGCCCAGCCGACGACGAUAGUACAUCAGAAGCCACCGGUGUACUACUGCCUCGGCGGCGUGUCCGCCAUGACGGCAGCCUGCUUUACUCACCCCAUGGACCUGCUCAAGGUUCGCCUUCAAACGUCCAAGGAGCUCCACCUCUCGCUCCUCGGCACCGUGCGUUCCAUCAUUCAAGUGGAAGGUCUAGGUGGGUUUUACCGCGGCAUCACGGGUGGGUUGAUGCGAGAAGGCACGUACUCCACCGUUCGAUUUGGUGUGUACCAGUAUCUCAAGGACGUCGCCGUUGAACGCAACAAUGGCGAAGCGUUGCCUCUUGUGGAGAACAUUGCGUUGUCCAUGUUCGGUGGCGCCGUCGGUGGAUUUUGCGGCAAUCCCGCAGAUGUGGUCAACGUUCGCAUGCAAGCAGAUGGGAGGUUACCACCGGCCCAGCGCCGGAAUUACGCGCACGCCGUCGACGGCCUCGUUCGAGUGUCAAACGAGGAAGGUCGCGGUGUCCUCAUGCGCGGAGUUCGACCCAACAUGAUCCGCGCCAUGCUGCUCACGUCUGGACAAAUCGCAUCGUACGAUGUGUUCAAAAGAUUUCUCAUGACGAGGGUGGGGCUUCACGACAACAUCAUAACGCACUUUGUCGCGAGUAUGGCCGCGGGAUUGGUCGCAACCACGGCGUGUGCACCCAUGGACCUGGUCAAGACACGACUGAUGAACAUGGCACACAGUGGAACGGCGGAAGCCGAGUACGCCGGUGCGGUGGACUGCUUUGUCAAGAUUGUACGCAAGGAAGGUGUUCGGGGGCUGUUUAAAGGGUGGACGCCUGCAUACAUUCGGCUGGGACCGCAGACCAUCAUCACAUUCAUGACGCUGGAGCAACUUCGCAAGCUCAUCUAGCAUGAUGCCACCCGAGGAUGCGCUUUUCAGAAGGGACGUUGAAUCCGGAUAAAUAGACUCUUUCCGGAUAACGGCCAAAACGCUGUUCUUUUGCGUUUGGCCAAUU